AUGCGUAAGCUCGCUGGUAACCCCACCGCUGAAGACACCCUCCUCCGCGAGCUUUUCCUGCAGCGACUGCCUCACAACAUUCGAAUGAUCCUCGCCUCGACCGAGCAUGCCUCCCUCGACGACCAAGCGAAGAUGGCAGAUCGCAUUUUGGACCUCGCAGGUCACCCAGUACCGGGCGCUGUUGCGAAUCUUUGCCCGACCACCGCCGCAUCUUCUGCCGAUCCCACUAUCGCUAUGCUAACGGCCUCUCUCCACCAACUCCAGAGCACUGUUGCCGUUUUGGCGGAACGUGUGGCCGCCGUCCAACCUCCCCGAGGUCCCCGCCGCAACGGUUUUCGUCGGCGCCGUACCACAACCCGGAGACGCCCCCGCUCGCCUUCGCCAGCAUUCUGCUGGUAUCAUCACACCUUCGGUGACUCGGCUCGCAACUAUCAGCCCCCUUGUUCCUGGUCGGGAAACGACAUCUCCACCCAGUAG